CCCCGCAGUCCAGGCAGUGUCCCCUGGCCCCGCUGCAGCCAUGUCCCUGCCCCUGUCGGACCAGGAUAAGAGGAAGCAGAUCAGCGUGCGUGGGCUGGCCGGCGUGGAGAACGUCAGCGAACUGAAGAAGAACUUCAAUCGGCACCUGCACUUCACGCUCGUCAAGGACCGCAAUGUGGCCACCCCGAGGGAUUACUACUUCGCGCUGGCCCACACGGUGCGCGACCACCUCGUGGGCCGCUGGAUCCGCACGCAGCAGUACUACUACGAGAAGGACCCCAAGAGGAUUUACUACCUGUCCCUGGAGUUCUACAUGGGCCGGACACUGCAGAACACCAUGGUCAACCUAGCUUUGGAGAACGCCUGCGAUGAGGCCGUCUAUCAGCUGGGCCUGGACAUGGAGGAACUGGAGGAGAUAGAGGAAGACGCAGGCCUGGGCAAUGGGGGUCUGGGCCGCCUGGCAGCCUGCUUCCUGGACUCCAUGGCAACCCUGGGCCUGGCUGCCUACGGCUACGGGAUCCGGUAUGAGUUUGGGAUCUUUAACCAGAAGAUCUGUGGGGGCUGGCAGAUGGAGGAGGCCGACGACUGGCUUCGCUAUGGCAACCCCUGGGAAAAGGCCCGGCCGGAGUUCACACUGCCUGUGCACUUCUACGGCCGAGUGGAACACACCAGCCAAGGGGCCCAGUGGGUGGACACUCAGGUGGUGCUUGCCCUGCCUUACGACACACCCGUGCCCGGCUACCGCAACAAUGUCGUCAACACCAUGCGCCUGUGGUCAGCCAAGGCCCCCAACGACUUCAACCUCAAGGACUUCAACGUGGGUGGCUACAUCCAGGCAGUGCUGGACCGAAACCUGGCUGAGAAUAUCUCUCGUGUCCUGUACCCCAACGACAAUUUCUUCGAGGGCAAGGAACUGCGGCUGAAGCAGGAGUACUUCGUGGUGGCUGCCACCCUGCAGGACAUCAUCCGCCGCUUCAAGUCCUCCAAGUUCGGCUGCCGCGACCCUGUGCGCACAAGCUUCGAUGCCUUCCCGGACAAGGUGGCCAUCCAGCUCAAUGACACCCACCCCUCCCUGGCCAUCCCUGAGCUGAUGAGGAUCCUGGUGGACCUGGAGCGGCUGGACUGGGAUAAGGCCUGGGACGUGACGGUGAGGACUUGCGCCUACACCAACCACACGGUGCUGCCAGAGGCUCUGGAGCGCUGGCCUGUCCACCUCCUGGAGACGCUACUUCCCAGGCACCUGCAGAUUAUCUAUGAGAUCAACCAGCGAUUCCUCAAUCGGGUAGCGGCCGCGUUCCCUGGGGACGUGGACCGGCUGCGGCGCAUGUCGCUGGUGGAGGAGGGCGCGGUGAAGCGCAUCAACAUGGCCCACUUGUGCAUCGCUGGUUCGCACGCGGUCAACGGCGUCGCACGCAUCCACUCGGAAAUCCUCAAGAAGACCAUCUUCAAGGAUUUCUAUGAGCUGGAGCCGCAUAAGUUCCAGAAUAAAACCAACGGCAUCACCCCGCGGCGCUGGCUGGUUCUGUGUAACCCAGGCCUGGCAGAGGUCAUCGCUGAGCGCAUCGGGGAGGACUACAUCUCUGACCUGGACCAGCUACGCAAAUUGCUCUCCUUUGUGGAUGAUGAAGCCUUUAUCCGCGACGUGGCCAAAGUGAAACAGGAAAACAAGUUGAAGUUCUCUGCAUAUCUUGAGCGAGAAUACAAGGUCCAUAUCAACCCCAACUCACUCUUCGACGUCCAGGUGAAGCGGAUUCACGAAUAUAAGCGCCAGCUCCUCAAUUGUCUCCAUAUUAUCACCCUGUACAACCGCAUCAAGAAGGAGCCCAAUAAGUUCAUCGUGCCUCGGACUAUCAUGAUUGGAGGGAAGGCGGCUCCUGGGUACCACAUGGCCAAGAUGAUCAUCAAACUCAUCACGGCCAUUGGCGACGUGGUCAACCACGACCCGGUGGUGGGGGACCGGCUGCGCGUCAUCUUCCUGGAGAACUACCGUGUCUCAUUGGCUGAGAAAGUGGUGCCCGCCGCUGACUUGUCCGAGCAGAUCUCCACUGCGGGCACCGAGGCCUCGGGCACUGGCAACAUGAAGUUCAUGCUCAAUGGGGCCCUGACCAUCGGGACCAUGGAUGGGGCCAACGUGGAGAUGGCCGAAGAGGCAGGAGAGGAGAAUUUCUUCAUCUUCGGCAUGCGGGUUGAAGAUGUGGAGAAGCUUGACCAGAGAGGGUACAACGCCCAGGAGUACUAUGACCGGAUCCCUGAGCUUAGGCAGAUCAUUGAGCAGCUGAGCAGCGGUUUCUUCUCCCCCAAGCAGCCUGACCUGUUCAAGGACAUCGUCAACAUGCUCAUGCACCACGAUCGGUUCAAAGUCUUUGCCGAUUACGAAGACUAUAUUAAGUGCCAGGAGAAAGUCAGCGCCCUGUACAAGAACCCCCGGGAGUGGACUCGGAUGGUGAUUAGGAACAUCGCCACCUCCGGCAAGUUCUCCAGUGACCGCACCAUUGCCCAGUACGCCCGGGAGAUCUGGGGUGUGGAGCCUUCCCGCCAGCGCCUGCCGGCCCCUGAUGAGAUCUGAGCCUCAGACCAGACGCGUCCCCCCCCCCCAACUUCCGUAGCCAGCCUCAGCUCCUUCUCCGGCGGGAGGGGAACUGCAGUUCUCUCAAGCCUCUUCCUGAACCCCCCUGCCCGAUUACCCCCAACCUCCAGGUCCCACAGUGCCCAGUGUGACUCAAGACACAGCCCGUCUCCUAUUUAUGCACCCCUCCGACCGCACCCAUUCCCCAAUAAACCCAUUC